GAAACACUGUUGUAGUGGGCUGUAAAAAGAACAAAACAAAACCUGCUGUAAUUUUUCUUAAAAUAAUCUUCAAAAUCUUCAAAUCUGAAAAUGGCAUUCUUCGCUGCUGUAGACACCAAACCCCUCUCCUGCAGGCUUCAGCCAAAUCCAUUUCCUCUCUGAUCUCUCGUUAACACUUUUCUCAUGAAUUUCUUCAAAUCCGUUUUCUCUGACGAUCCAGAUCCUCCUCAGUCCGAACCCAACAAUGCAAACCCCAAUUCCGAUCCCGAUUCCGGUUCCGGCGCCGGCGACGCUUGGAACUUCGGUGGACUCAUCAAAACCCUCACAACCAAAUCCGAAUCCAUAAUCGAGACUUACCGUCGCGAUCUACAAGAAUUCAGCACCGGCUUGAAGAGCGAGAUCGAAGUUGCACAUGAUUCGGUUGGCGAGAUCGGUAGCACCGUCAUUAAAUCAACGGCUCAGAUCAUAUCUCAAGGUAAGGAAGCCAUCCUCGCCGUUAACCUCGAUUCAGAUUCCGAUAAUGGCACCGCCACAGCGAGUCGCGAUUCGAGCCGAUUGGAUACGAAGCGAUAUAGUAGGUUUGAUGCUCAGGUUGGUGCUAUGCAAGGGGACGUUAGCACUUACACUGAGGUUCCUGAGGAUUUGAAUGAAUUCAAUGAGUGGAAAUUAGGGUUUGAAUUGGAUGGGAAAAGUGAUGAAAUGGAGAGUCUUUUUAGGGAGAAUGAUGCAAUGGAGAGUGUUUAUAAGAAGGUUGUUCCAAAUGAUAUUGAUCAUGAAACUUUCUGGUAUAGGUAUUAUUAUAAGGUUUAUAGACUCAAGAAAGCUGAAGAUGUUAGGGCUAGGCUUGUUAGGAGAAUAUCCAAGGAAGAAGAGUUUUUGAGUUGGGAUGUUGAAGAUGAUGAUGAAGAGGAGGAGGAGGAGGAGGAGGAGAAUGAAGGUAAAGUUAAACCCGAGAAUGUGAUCAAUAAGGAAAUUGGUGGUGAAAAUUUGGUGAAAAGUGUAGAUGCUGAUUUGAAAAUUGCUGCCUUUGGCUCGGGUGCUGGUUCUAGUGAUGAGAAGAGAUUGAGUGUGGAAGAGGUGCAGCAUUCAGGGUCUAAAGUAGAAAAGAUAGACAAUUCAAUGCAAAGCAAUGAACAUGGUAAUGAGACGGGUAAGUCUGUUGAAGAAUCACCUGUUGUUGAAAAAGCUGAAGUUGUUCGUGAGAUGGGUGGUGGAAGUGAAGAAAAGAAUGUGGAUGGUGAUGUUGAUAAAGCAUCGAAGUUGGAAGUGGGCGAUGCUGCUAACAAGAAUAGUUUUACGGCUGCGUCCAAUGAGAAAGUGAUACUUGAUGAGAAAGUGGUAAUGCUGGAAACGAAGUCUUCUGAUGUAAAAUCUCUAGGUAAGAAUAAAGAGUCAUCAUCAGUGGUUGAAAGUCAGCCCAUGGAAAAUGAGGAGGAAGAGGAUCUUGGGUGGGAUGAUAUAGAGGAUCUUAGCAGUAUUGAUGAUAAGAAAGGAGCUCAAUCUGAGAGUCAGAGUGGUAGCACCAGCAAGGUUGAUUUGCUGAAGUGCGUUAGUACUGCAGAGGAAGAUGAAGACUUGAGUUGGGACAUUGAAGAAGACGAUGAGCCUGUUAAGCCUUGACAUAUUUGAUUCAUUCUGUUAUGAUUUCUCAAAAGAAAUAUAUGUGCCAUGUUUAUCAAAAAGAAAUUUGCAUGUUUUUUUAUCUGUUGAACUACUAUAGAAGUAAUAUUGUGAAUUUGUGAUAUAAUUUCUAUACAUGAAAUGCAUCAAAAACAACUAUUUAUAUAGUGUUA